AAAAGUAAAAAUGAACAGUUGUGUCAGAGUUCCGUGCAAGCCUUUGAAAGCCCGUCGGCGGUGGUGUGGUGUGUACUUAAAUACGACCACGUGUUAGAGUCCCAUGUAAUGCCAAUGCACCGGGCCCAUAAGAACAAACAAGCGGGGCCCAGUUUCGCGGUAGGUCUCACCCGUGUUUGUAUUAACGCGGCAAAACCCACGAGCUCGCAUUCAAUUCACCCAUGGAAUUCGCGUAUCUGAACCGAAUAGCUACCGCUCUCCGCCACUGUGGCGGCCGAUCUCAGGUCAAUCACGGCAGAGCAUUUCACUCCCAACUAAUCAAGCUCGGCGCUUUGAAUGACGUUUUUCUCGCUAACAAUCUGAUAUCUUUGUACGUCGCGUUUCCUUGUUUGAGUGACGCGCGGAAGGUGUUUGAUGGAAUGCCUGACAGGAACGUUGUGACAUGGACGACAAUGGUUUGUGGAUAUACUAAUUGCGGAAAACCUGAUAAGGCAGUGGGAUUGUACAAGCGGAUGUUGGAGUCUGAAUCGGAGACGCCGAACGGGUUCAUGUACUCUGCGGUGCUAAAAGCUUGUGGUUUGGUGGGUGACCUGAGAACGGGUAAAUUGAUUCAUGAGAGGAUAUGUAGUGAGAGGUUGGAGUUUGACACUGUUUUGAUGAAUACCCUUUUGGACAUGUACUUCAAAUGUGGGAGUUUUCGUGAUGCUAGGAGAGUUUUCGAUGACAUGUCGAGCAAAAACACGACUACGUGGAACACUAUGGUUUCGGGGUUUACUAAGGCUGGUUUGGUGGAUGAGGCAGUGUGUUUGUUUCAUCAAAUGCAAGAGCCGAAUGUUAUAUCUUGGAAUAGCAUUAUUGCUGGUUUGGCGGAUAAUGGAAGUCCGCGCGCAUUUGAAUUCGUGUGUAUAAUGCACCGAGAAGGCCUCAAGUUAGAUGGAUUUACUUUCCCGUGCGCCCUUAAAACCUGUGGUCGACAUGGUUUGUUAGCUUCUGGGAAACAACUCCACUGUUAUGUUAUAAAAUCAGGUUUUGAAUCAGGCAUUUUUACUGUGUCGGCUUUGGUUGAUAUGUACUCGAAUGGCAAUGAAUUGACUGAAGCUGUAAAACUGUUUGAUCAGCGUUCAAGGUGCUAUGCUUCCAUUUCUGAUAGUUUGGCACUUUGGAAUUCUAUGCUUUCAGGAUACGUCAUUAACGAAUGCAAUAGUGCAGCUUUGGAUUUAGUUUUGAAAAUCCAUUGCUCAGGUACUUGCAUGGAUUCCUACACUUUCAGUGGCGCUUUAAAAGCUUGUGUCAACUUACGCAACUUGCGACUCGGGCAUCAAGUGCAUGGCUUGGUUGUAACCGCAGGGUAUGAGUUAGAUCAUAUUGUUGGAAGCAUUCUUACAGACCUGCAUGCAAGACUGGGGAAUAUUAAUAAUGCAUUGGGAUUGUUUCAAAGGCUUCCAAAGAAAGAUGCCGUAGCUUGGACUGGUUUGAUCAUAGGGUGUGCAACAACGGGACAAAGCUGGCUAGCCUUUUCACUGUUUCGGGAUAUGGUGUAUUUCGGUCUCGAAGUAGAUCAAUUUGUCCUUUCAUUUAUUCUGAAAGUUUGCUCCAGUUUAACAUCUCUUGGAAGCGGAAAACAGGUUCAUGCUUUCUCUGUUAAGAGUGGAUAUGAGUCUGAGGAAGUUGUAGUGACAUCCCUGCUCGAUAUGUACUCAAAAUGUGGUGAAAUUAACAAUGCAUUAGCUCUGUUUGAUUCUGUGGAAGAAAGAGACACCGUGUGUUGGACGGGGAUAAUUGUGGGGUGUGGGCAAAAUGGAAGGGCAGAGGAAGCAAUCAAAUUUUUUAAUGAGAUGACAGAAUCAGGAUUGAAGCCAAACGAAAUUACGUAUUUAGGUGUUCUUUCUGCCUGUAGGCAUGCUGGACUUGUAGAAGGGGCACGGACCAUAUUUAAUUCCAUGAAAAUUUUACACGGUCUGGAACCUCGUUUAGAGCAUUAUUAUUGCAUGGUUGACAUUCUAGGUCAAGCUGGAUGUUUUAAAGAGGCAGAGCAGUUGAUUGCUAAGAUGCCAUUUGAGCCUGACCCAAUCAUAUGGAGAUCAUUGCUCGUGGCCUGUGGAACUCAUAAAAAUACUGAACUUGUUAAUGUUAUUGCCGAUCAGAUUCUCACAACCUUACCAGAAGACCCUUCCACGUAUGUGACGCUUUCGAAUGUUUAUGCAGAACUAGGAAUGUGGGAUGAUCUAAGCAAAGUUAGAAUUGCCAUCAAGAAAGUGGGUGCUAAAGAAGCAGGAAAGAGUUGGAUUGAGAUUUCAACUUAAAAAUUGCUGCAUUACUAAAUGCAUGGGUCAGAAACAAUAGUUUCUGAUGAAAUACAUAGCAAGUACCAUCCGAGCUUUGAACCUCUGACGUUAAGUCCUUGCAUGAGCUCAAUGAAUGAAUCAUUUUACUGAAGACCUGGCAAGGAUCUUAGAAAGCGAUGGCCCUUGGUGGCGAGUCGAAAAAGAUGUAACUAUAUUAUGGUUUUUGUUGGAGCUAUGUGCAUCAUCUAAAAUGCAUGGUUUAUCGGAAAGAUCUUGGACGCUGUGUAGGUUCAAUGGGAGGAGGAGAAAACUCACUUGGGAGUUGGUUCGUUAACGUUGAAGAGAAAGGGUGCCUCCACCGGUUGAGUAUGAAGAAUACAGAGGUACAUAUAGGAAGUUGCGGGGAGUAAUUUUGUGACUGGGCCGACUGAAAAUUUGGCUUGAAAUGUCGGAAAACUCGCGGUCACUAAGGACGUUCUAGGAUGUAAAUAGAACAGAAUAGACAGACAGGUCUUUGCUUUGUAAGGCGUCAACCGUGCAGGUGCAGCCCCGUAAAGUAUUAAAGUGGGAGUGAGCGAGCUUCUCUUUCCCUUCCUCCUCAGGUCAGGCAUGCCCUUGGUUUAUUCUUUCUUUUCUGUUUUCACUGUUAUCAAUGAACAUAAAGUAACUGCAGAAAGCUUCACAGAAUAUUACCUGUAAAAAAUUUACACUAUCAUUUUGUGCCCGUCACUUUUUGGCGCCAAAAUUGACUCAUUCCAAGUGGUAAAUAAGAGUAACACCAUGAAAUGGCAUGUCAAUCCUAUCAUGUUCCUCAUUGACUUACUCAUAUACUUACAUGGAAUGUGAGUUGGAAUUAUCUAUUCUUUUGUUUUUCCGCAUUUACUAAAACAUUGGGUAUUAUAAUUGUUCAAAUUUCUGGCUUCUCGUGUUUACUAACACAUAAAAUCAAGCAAUUUGUUGGUUUCACAUUAAAAUCCGUAAUCCAAUACCAGAAAAUCAGGAAUAAAAGUCAACUAGAUGGGACUACUCGAUCCAUACUCAUUUCUUCAUUACCUUCCUUGAUUUAACCUUCAGUUUUAACUUCAUCUUUAACUUUGGGUACGUAGAGUUGUGUUGUUAUUUUCUUCUUUCUCUGGCACGAUAAACAUAACAAAAACGAUAUGAAAAAAGACCUAAAUGUUAUAAAUAAACUAAAACUAUACAAAUUGACAAAAAUAAAAAAAAAUGAGAGGAGGACAAAAUUGAGCCAUGCCGUUUGCAUACAUAAAUAUUAAUAUUUGUUACAACCUUCUAAUCAAACACCACGAAAACUCCAAAUCAUAAGACAAUGAGUACAAAACAAGAGUCAAUAAUUAGUAAAACAAGGGCAAAGACCACAUACCAAGAACCCCAUACCCAUCCUUCAUCCUUAAAUCCAAGACCACAAGACAUGAUGGAAAUAUGACACAAUUAGCAAGAGAUAAUGCCAUUGAGUUGAUAUUUUGAAUUGGAUUCCUGGGGCUAGCGGAUGUGUAAUGUUAUAUUGCACCAAAAUAUAUCCUAAAUGUUUUUAACUACUUGAGUUACAAACACUUUUUGCAUAUUUAACUUUAACUUAUAGCGUGUUUCCUUCUAACGUCUAAGAAAUUUUCGUUUUAUUAAAAAAAGAAGAUAAAAGCUCAACUUCUCAUGCGGUUGGAAGUAUUGAUUCAUGUGCACCCGAGGGCUUGUAUUCGAUUCCUCUUCCCCAAAUGUUUGCAUAGGAGCUGCCUAAUAUUUUCUUACAGUAAUUGCGUGUUAAGAUAUAUAAUUUGACUGUAAUAUUUGAGUGUUUUAAUGUGAGAGGCAAUGUGUUUGAUGAAAAUGUAAAUGGAGUUUUCCUUUGUA